AUGCAUUCAUUAAGAUGGGUUUUAUCAUUCUUAUUAUUAUUUGGUACUUUCACAGAAUUUGCUUUAUCAUGUUUUCCAAAAAUCAUUGACAAUUAUAUUUCAAUAAGUCACUCCAUUUCUCCAAAUUGGCGAGUUAAUGUUGUCAUGGGUUUUCUUAAUCCAGGCACAAAGAUUAUUACUUUUAAUUCUGGUAAUAUACCAGCUUUUAAUGAAGUUUUCGUGUUGACUCAAUCAAAUCCUGGCAUUUAUGAGAUCCAGCCAUUUUGGGAUUUUAACCAAAAUGCUGUCAUUGAAAUUCCAUCUGGAAGUAAAAUAGUUGGUGACAGUGUCCAAAUUAAUACUAUCAUUAACAACAACAAUAAUAGGGAUAACCAAAAAUUUUCCAUCGAAUGUGAUGUCUGUGAUAUUCAGACAAGUUCCAAGGAGGACUGGGUACCAUUCCACACUAAAUGCACGAUAAAGGGCGCUGACUCUGUCGCCAACGUGACUCAAGAUGAUUGUGCAAAUACACAAGUAUGGAAUAUUUUAGGGAAACUCGAUUUAUUAAAACACGAUACCGCUACAUCCACCACUGCACCCACAAACUCACCCACAGUCGCGCCCAUAACCUCACCCUCCACCGUGUCAACUUCUGAUAUUCAAAUUUCAAUGGCUGGAGCUGUAGGCAUAAUUCUGGGAUCAAUUGUUGGCACGGCUCUUAUUGUUCUUGUGACAACGUCACAAGUUGAUGAUGAAGGCGAUGUUGAUAAUGAAUUUGAAUUUGAUGAAGCAAGUGAUGACGAUGAUGAGAAGGUUGAAUCAACAGAUUUAAAUGAUGAUAAUAUAUCAUUUUUUGAUGCUGUUAAAUUAGCUUUUGUUUUUUUUUCUUUUUGUAAAUUUUCUUUGUUAUCUGUAAUUAAAUGA